UCCUGCUCAAGUGAGCGUGAGGUAGCAUUCAUCUGUUAGGGUUAGACCUGAGUGGAAAUUCAACAUUCUUUUCGAUAACGUUCCACAAUAGUACAGUACUUAACAUUAUUGAUCCAGGAAAGAUGGUAAACUUGAGUCGACCCGCGGCUCGGAUUUAUGUACAAAAACAAUUAUACCUGCAUAUAUGCGCAUACAACCCAAACAUACAGUAUAUCGGCAGUAUGUAUAUAGGGUUAGGGCAUGUCCCUGCCUGCCCGCGCAUCUCACUACUCUCCACGCACUCUCCUACGCCACCGCUCUCAUCUCACUCCACUCCUAUUUUCCAGCCUCCCAUCGCUCUACUCCCCUCCGCGCACUCGCCGACCUCUUCCUCUCUCAUCCGACUCUACCAACCUCCACGCGCUCCGCACCAGCAACCAAGUUCUUUCUCUUAAAGUCCUCGGGUCGUUCUUCUAUGUUGCCCUCAUAGCCUGGAACUCCCUUUACCCCCCCCCCCCCAAGCCAUCCGUGCUGCUGACCUCCGACUCCUAUUCAAGUCAUUACCUCCCCCUCUACCUGUGACAGAGUUACCUGGAUUUUGAAGUAAACGUGCCCAACUGCGUCUGUGCGGCGUCAGGAGAUGCGGGCGCAUUUCGGCAGGGCUGUGUAAAUCAACAUGGCAUUGUAUAUUGAGACAGGUUUUACGACUUUUCCACCAAACCCUUUUCAAAGUCCUCGCGGGAAGGCAAUUCAAUCCGCACGGAGCGUCGCUUGGCACUCAUCGCCCGUCCACCUCUCAUCACUCACCGUGAGCCCUCUCGUGUAACCUCAGCCAAGGCCCGGCAGAUGCUGGUUACACUGUGCGGAAAAAAAUUAAAAAUAAACUUACAGUGCGGGUCAACACGUUAAAAACCACCAACCAAAUAGCAGCGUCAUUGCACCGCUACCAUCAUUCGCCGGCAGCAUUGCAACCGUUCACCAGGCUACUUACUACCAAGAAGCCGUGCCCCGGCUCACUCGCCAACCUCGGGAUAAGAUUUGUUGAUCAUCUCCCAGCCGUACGAAGGAAGAAGUGUUUCAAGUCAACGGGUCUCGAUAAUCCCCGACCGAGCCACGAUGGAGGCGCGGGACACUGGGGCGGCAUUGACAAAUGCGUACCGGGGUCUGGCCGCGGGGGGCUGCUCCCUGCAGCCCGUGCAGGAGCACUUCCCCGGGAGCGAGGCGAGAAGCUUCCUGCUGCAGCACAAGGCCAAGACCUGGGAUGAGCCAGACAUGAUCAACCCCGCGUCCUCCUCCGCCUCCCUGUGUCUCCCCUCCUCCUCCUCCUCGUCACUGUCCACCACGUCUUUCCACCGGGUUGUCAUCACGGGAGACAGCGCCGCGGAUGUUACCUGGGUGAGGCCAGCCGAGCUGCAGGACAUUGCGGCCAAGCUGAUGGGAGCAAUGCGAGCGCGGCAGCAGCGCAUGGUGGCCUCACUGCAGCGUUUCCCACGCACCGCCACACGCUUCCUGCGGCCGCCGGGAGACAAAGUUGACUGUGGCAUGGAAGACGGCCUGCCCAACGGUUACCCAGCUUUUGCGACGGUGGACGUGACGGCGGUUGUUGAGGCCGACGGUGCGGCCACGCCGCCCCCGGUGACCCCGGCCGCGCUGACCCUGCCGAGCCGCGUGGCCAUGGUGCGCGGCGUGGCCGUCCUCUACGUCGACGAGAAGGCCCAGGAGGACGGCCAAGCCUGGGCCCUGCCCUGCGACGCGACCAUCGGCCUGUCCUCCCACCUCAGCGACCUGGGAGUGCUGCUCGGUCUUGUGCAGGAUGGGCCCCUCAAGACAUUCUGCCAGCGACGCCUCAAGCUCCUGGCCGCCAAGUUUCAGGUUCAUCAGAUGACGAACGAGUUGGCCGAGAUGAUACAGCUCAAGGUGGACGGCUGCCGCGACUUUGAGAACGUGGUGAAGGUGGACACGCACAUCCACGCGGCGGCGUGCAUGACAGCGCGGGAGCUACUGCAGAUGAUGCGGAGCGCGCGCGAGGAGGGCGUCCCUGUGUCGCGCGGUCCCGACGGUCGCGAGCUCACGCUGGCCGAGCUCUUUGCGCAGCUGCACCUUCGCAGCGACUCCAUCGACCUGGACAACCUGGACGUGCACGUGGACCGCGACACGUUCCAGCGUUUCGACCGCUUCAACGACAAGUACAACCCGCUGGGCUCCAGCGAGCUGCGCAACGUCUUCCUCAAGACCAACAACCACAUGAGCGGAAAAUACUUUGCGAUGCUCGUGAAGAAUGUGGGCCGGCGGCUGGAGGCAAGCCGCUACCAGUACGCGGAGCCACGCAUGUCAGUGUACGGCCGCUCGCGGGGGGACUGGGAAAAGCUGGCCGGCUGGUUCGAGCAGCACCAGGUGUACUCGCCUCACCUGCGCUGGGUCAUCCAGGUCCCGCGCAUCUAUCACAUUUUCCGCACGAGAAACAUCAUCCCGAGUUUCGGGGUGAUGCUGGAGAACAUCUUUCUGCCGUUGUUCGAGGUGACCCUCAACCCGGACUCCAACCCGACCCUGCACAACUUCCUCCAGCACGUGACGGGGUUCGACUCGGUGAGCGACGAGUCGUUGGCCGAGGGGCUGUUCCUGCCGGACAGCCCGGCCCCCGAGGAGUGGACGAGCGCGGAGAACCCUCCGUACGCCUACUACGUCUACUACAUGUUCGCCAACGUGGCCGUGCUCAACCAGCUGCGCAGACAGUGCAACAUGAACACGUUUGUGUUCCGGCCGCACUGUGGCGAGGCUGGCUCUGUCGCACACUUGGCUGACUCCUUCCUCACCUCCGACAACAUCUCACACGGCAUCAACCUCAGCAAGAGUCCCGUGCUACAGUACCUGUACUACCUGUGCCAGAUCCCCAUCGCCAUGUCGCCCAUCAGCAACAACAGCCUCUUCCUCGAGUACUCCCGCAACCCUUUCCUCGACUUCUACCACAAGGGCCUCACGGUCUCCCUGUCCUCGGAUGACCCCCUGCAGUUCCACUUCACGCAGGAGGCGCUGGUGGAGGAGUAUGCAACGGCGGCGCACUUCUGGAAGCUGAGCACGUGCGACCUGUGCGAGAUCGCCAGCAACAGCGUGCGGCAGAGCGGCCUCUCCCACAUGGAAAAGCGCGAGUUCCUGGGCGACAAGUACCUGGAGGAGGGGCCCGAAGGGAACGACGCCACCAAGAGCAACGUGGCACCCAUCCGCGUGGCGUUCCGCCACGAGACGCUGUGUCAGGAGCUGGAGCUGCUGACCAAGGCCAGCCCUUCCUCACCCCCGUGAAGCCCGGUUGGGGAGGUGGGCCGUGAUCACGUUUUGCGGUGUAAGACUGCCAGCAGGGCCUCUCAUUCGCCUCCUUACAUUUCCUAAACGAGCGCCCGGACAUGUCUACGAUUUCCACAAGGCAUUGGAGGUAAAUGAGAUAUGGGAAGGACUGUAGUGAUUCUGCCUUAUUAUCAAUGAAACAAGAGGGGCAACUUUAAUAAUUCUAUUUUAUUUAGAUUAAUUCGUGCAAAUGCCUUCUCUAAACACUGAACAUUGAACCACAUUAAACAUCAAAACUGGUACGAUGCACCACAGAGACACAUCACGGACACGAUACAGGGUACGGAGGUGAACACAACACGGAGCUGAUGGGGUGAGAGCAAACAGUCAAGCUCCCGACAUUAUAAAAAGUCCAGAGAAUAAUGAGGACAAUAAUAAUUUAAUUUUAUACAGCGUAAUGCUUAUUACAGGAAUUGUAUGUAUUUACGUAAAUAAUGUAACAUUGUUUUAACACGUUGUGAUUUGAAUAACAAUACUUUCUAACGAUAAAUACAUUGCAUUGAACUCGUACACUUAAGUCUAACAACUUAUCGUAACAAAGAUGUCUCCAUCUAUGCAGACAAGGUAGCGUGGGCCAGGAUUAAAUACCUAGCACUUGGCAAAAUAAAUCAAAGCUACAGUCAGAAAUGUACACGCGGUGUCUACUUCAUGUGGGUCCCCUCGUCUCCGCAGCACUGAACUAUGGGUAUUUGCCACCCGCUCUUGAUAGUACCUGGCACCAAGAUGUCCACGCAGCCAAGGAAAGCGUCAGCAAAAAAUUGUUGUUGCACUGAACUAUGACCCCAUUGAUCACAGUCAUAUCAACGCGUAUGUUGUGCAUCAUCAUAGCUGAAAUCUGUGGGCGAUUUGGGCCUGCCCUAUGCUGUUUGCCAGCGUCACCGUUCUUCAAAUGUGACAAAUUUAACAAAAAAUACCCGCAAAUCGGUGAAUUGGAAACGCAUAUCAGCAUUGUCCCCUACUGCGAACCGUCUGUGGAACGUAGCACCUUCUUUCGUGACUGUCUUGCGUGAUAAAAUGGCGCAAAUACAAUCAUUUUUGUUUACCGAGCCUUUAGGCUUAUCUGGUGGAGUGUGUGAGCAUCAGCAUUGCUGGUUCUUGCGCCGACAACACACGUGCCUUGCCCACCUAAAUAAUAGGUCCUAAGUGAGUUCACUCACUCUCCCAAACCUUCACUCCCCAUUCACAUGAACAGCAACUCCCUCUCAUCAAUGGCACUUAGGUCUACCCAGGUUAUCUCUGCAUUCGCAUAUCCUGGACAACGUUUAGAAUAAUACAACGUAUUCCAGUUAAAUAAUUCGUUAACCGUACACGUGUUAGGCUAACAACGCUCAGCGCUUGCAAACCAUGUAUUGAGACUGUUGAAUAAUACACAAAUAAAGUGCAGCUUGUGCA